AUGCAAAAUAUUACAGCCACGCUCAGCAAGCGGUUGGGAAUGACCAAUAAAGAGUCUGAAACACUGAUCAAACAGGCUCUGAAAUCAUCCAAUCCGCAAGAAGACCUAUUGGACUUGCUGGGGGAAGACUCAAUAGACGAUAUCAUAGAGCUCCUUGCCCUGCACGAAAAGCAGGGGAAACAGGAGAGGCCCCCCCGCAUAGGAUACCAGGUGUUCAACGUGGAAGAGAAGCUGGACAGAAUUCUGGCGCCCAAGCUCAAGCGGAACACAACGGAGUACUACGACGAGUACAUUUUGGAGUCGCCUGCGCCCACAGCGCACGCAGAAAAGGUGUCUGUGGACGCGAUUUCCCCCAGGCACAGGCGCAUUUUCAGCGCGCACUACACGCACUUCAACCACGUGCAGUCUCUGGUUUUUGGCAGCGUAUACGGCAGCGCAGAGAACGUGCUUGUGUGUGCCCCGACGGGCGCAGGUAAGACGGACGUGGCGCUUUUGUCUAUAGUGAGGCAGCUUGAGAGAAAGCCGAAUUGCACCGACAACAAAAUAAUAUACAUUGCGCCCAUGAAGGCGCUGGCCUCGGAGAUAACAGAAAAGCUCCGGCACAGGCUGCCUUGCUUGGUGAGCGAGUACACGGGAGACAUGGAGCUGACUCGAGAAGAGCUCACAAAAAGCACAGUGCUGGUGUGCACUCCGGAAAAGUACGACGUGUCUAUACGCAAAAUCUCAUCGUAUCUUCUGAAGAACACCUCCCUUAUUAUUUUUGACGAAAUACAUAUACUCAACGACACCCGGGGCCCGACAAUCGAGGCUAUUGUCAGCCGGCUCAAAAUGUCGUCGGAAAGAACGCAGCGCCCUGUUCGCAUGGUGGGGAUAUCUGCAACGCUCCCAAACCCUGCAGACGUGGCAGGCUUUUUGGGGGUCAGCCCCAGGCACAUGCACGUAUUUGGGCCCGGGGACAGGCCUGUUCCAAUCACCUACUCCGUAAUAGGCACGCGGAAGGUCGUGGACGUAAGCGCAAACAACUUCGUCCGGAGAAUGGACAAGAAGGAGAAGAUGGUCUAUGUCCUGAAGGAGCGGGUGGAAAGGGUUCUGUGCGAGGGGCACCAGGUGAUAGUGUUUGUGCACACCCGAGGAAGCACGCUUUCCAUAGCAACCCUCCUCACCGAGGACAUUGAGCCCGACGAGGAGCGGGUGAAAGAGGCAGAAGAUGCAGGUGUGUCGGGGGAAAUGAAGGAGCUGUACUCGAGAGGGAUGUUUAUACACAACGCAGGCCUGCCCAGGAGCAUUCGCGCAUUCGCAGAGCGCGGCUUUCGAGAAAAAAAGAUAAAGGUGCUGGUGAGCACGUCCACACUCGCCUGGGGAGUAAAUCUUCCUGCCCGGACCGUGGUGGUUUUUGGCACCGAGAUGUACUCCGCGGAAAAGGGCGGCACAGUGGACGUGGACAUUCUAAACAUACAGCAGAUGUUUGGUAGAGCAGGAAGGCCGCAGUACGACACGCAGGCAGAGGGCAUUUUGAUAACAGACCACGUUGCUCUGCCAAAGUAUGUGAAAAUGCUGCGGGUGGAAGACCCGAUUGAAAGCGGCCUUUUAAAGACCCUCCCAGAAAAGCUGUCCGCAGAGAUAUACCUGAGAAACAUAAAAAGCCAGGCGGAUGCAGUCCGCUGGUUCAAAACCACGUUUCUGUACAUUCGAAUGUGCCGGUCUCCGGUCAAGUAUGGAAUCCUGCCGCACCAGCUGAACGGGGUUAUAUCCGACUAUGUGCUUCUGUCUUUUGAGCGGCUCAAAGAGCUGAGCCUGAUCCGACAGGAAAGCGCUGGCGGCGCCUGCAUAAUGACAGACCUGGGGAGAGUCAUCAGCCACUACUUUCUGACAGAGUCCACGCUUGUCGAGUGGAACAACCAGGGCGAAAAGGCCUGCACCAUCACCUACUUGACAGCCACCGACGAGUACCGAAACAUUAUGGUCCGCAGCGAGGACCGAAAAGCGCUGGGCAUAUACUCCGACCAGGAGGAGCUCACCGUUGAAAAAAAAGUGCAGCUUUUGAUUGAAAAGCACGUGCAAGGCCGGAAAAUAAAAGGCCAUUCGCUGGCAAUAGACCAGCGGUACAUUCUGGAGAACAUCGACCGGCUAACAAAUGGCCUGGCAGAGUACUUCCUCUGCAAAAAGGCGUACGAAAAGGCGUACCAGUCUCUUUGUUUGCGGAAAAAGGUGAUGAAGAGGGCAAAGACAGAGCUUAUUGAGAUGGACCUGGUGGCCAACAAGCACUCGCUCUUGUUUGAGAGGCCGUUCACUGGAUACAUACUCGUACGGCAAAAGAAAGCGCUUAUAAAAAUAAUCAAGGUUGACAAAGAAAGAGACUGCUACAUGACGCACAGCCUGGACCAGGUGGCCAAAGUAACCCCUCUUUCCAGCAAAGACAUUUUCUCCGGGCGCACCGAGGUGAUCCCUGUGCGGGCAUACUCGGACCACGAGCUUUGGAUUGUGGACAGCUCGCUGGAAAAAAUAGCAGGGUACAAAAUAGAGUAUGCAGGCCCUGCAGAAGACGAAGACGCCGACAUGGCGGAGUGCAUAACGCGGAAGAUCCAGUUUAGGCGGCCCGAGCGAAUAACAAUAGAAGAGAUACCAAACGCAGCGCACAGGGAGGCGAAAGAGAUGACCAAGCUGCUGGUUUACGAAAAAAUUAAAGAGGCCAGAAGCAGAAAAAAAGACAGAAUAAUAAUUGUGGUUGGCAGCGCGGAGGAGGAAAGCCAAUACGUGCAGGAGUACCAGAAAAUGUCGCUGAUAGAUAACUUCUCGUUUGAAAAGGACCCUCUCUGCAUGUCCACGUCCAAUGGCAUACAGGCCUUCAGCAAGCUGACAAACGACCUGUGGACAGUCGGCGUGUGCACCGUCGACAGCCUGAAAACAGCAGCCAGCAAGUAUACAAACAUCACAUACAUUUUCAGCGGGUAUACAAAAAACCACCGCAUAUACCCAGAGUCUGUGCUCCGAAUGCUCAACGCAAGCAUAGUAAUAUACGAAAAGCCAAACGUGGCAGACUACAUAAAGCAGCGAUAUUUAUAG